AUGCUUAUACCAGACGAGCAGCUAGAAAGAACAUGCCCGCAGGAAGAAAGUAUGCACGGCGAGAGCCGUGGCGAGUUAGAUGUGCUGUAUACCCGAAUAGAAAAUAUGAUAAAAGAGAGAGAAGAAAAGGAGCAGAUACGGAUGAAACAAUUGCUGGGGGCAAUAUCAGAGCAGCUAAAUAAAAACGUAGCUGCACUGUUUGAGAAUAUAAUACAGAAGGAAGUGCGCGGGCCAUUGUGCCAGAAAAUAGAAAAAGUUCUUACCUCUAGAGUUGACCAGAAAAUGAACGAGGUGAGCAACCACUGCAGCAAUGCCGUAGUUGCAUCCAUUGAGGGAAAGGCGCUCAACCAAACCGUCAGUAAAACGCUUAAGAACGCUGUCAUCGAGGGAAUAGUUCCUGUUAUUGAAAAUGGAAUGAACGAAAUAAGACUGCAGAUUUUGGAUAGAAUGAAGGCGAUGCCUCUGUAUGUUGAGAAGUUGGAGGAGGACAUAUCUGACAGCAAGGACGACACAUUUGACAGAAUGGUGGACACACUGAACGACUUCACAGAGCACAUUGAGGAGCACCCCACCGACAUAAUCACCCGCCUGCUUGAGACGAACAUUGCAGAGUGCUUCUCGUAUGUCAUCGGGUCAAACGACCCAGAGAUGUUCCUGUUUCUCCUGGACAAGCUGCCGCCUGAUGCAGAAAUUGACCUGGAUAACUCUUUGCUAGUGCAGUUCGUACAGCAAAUGAUCAUGUUUAUAGGCACAGGCUGGAAGCAGGCAAGGCUUCGUGCGCAGUACACGGCAUUCCUCAGUAACGCGCUGUCCCACAUAAAGAGAAAUAGUCUGAAGGAAAAUGAGCUGCAGACACUGCAGGACAGCAUUCUGCAUCUGCUAAGGGGCUGUCCGUCAUUUGGCAGCACUUCUGGCGAGAGGUACAUGCUUGACCUAAUACAGGAAAUGGGCUUAUAUUAG